CUGUGCUUUGUGAAUGGCCACCUGUAGUCUUCUGGGACCUGUCUUCAGUCUCUAGUCAUAUCCUGUACUAUGUCCGCAGUCUCUGGUCAUCUCCUGUAGUAUUUCCACAGUCUCUGGUCAUCUCCUGUAGUAUUUCCGCAGUCUCUGGUCAUCUCCUGUAGUACAUCCGCAGUCUCUGGUCAUCUCCUGUACUAUGUCCGCAGUCUCUGGUCAUCUCCUGUACUAUGUCUGCAGUCUCUGGUCAUCUCCUGUACUAUGUCCGCAGUCUCUGGUCAUCUCCUGUACUAUGUCUGCAGUCUCUGGUCAUUUCCUGUACUAUGUCUGCAGU